GUCGUAUUUUGUUUCUUCGGAAGUUGGCAAAGAAUCGCCAGAUCCUCGACUCUCUCUUGCUACGUUCAACUACGAUUUCAAACUACAGUUACCAAGAUGGCGUACGAACUAACUGAGCAAAAAAAAGUUGGGUUGGGCCUGUUUGGUUUUGGUCUAUCUUUUACAUUCCUCGGCGUCAUCUUGUACUUCGACAGAGGUUUGCUUGCUCUAGGAAACUUAUUUUGGUUGAUAGGCGUUGGCCUUUUACUUGGUUGGCAAUCAACUUGGGGACUAUUCACCAACGUCAAUAACUUGAGGGGAACCGUCUGUUUCGUCCUUGGAAUCUUUCUUAUAUUUGUGCGUUGGCCGAUAAUUGGCAUUGCCCUGGAGAUCUACGGUUGCAUUGUCCUAUUUGGCGGAUUUUGGUCGACAGUAAAGGCAUUUCUGUCCCAGAUUCCUUUUGUUGGAUGGAUAAUACAGUAUCCUAUCAUGGUUCUUGAGCAACUUAUACGAGGUUCUCGUUGAAAAAAGAUCCAUCUCAAUCUCAUUGCUCUUCAGCCUCUUCACCAGAUCAAAACCUCUCCAUUGUUCCAAAACAGCGGCUGCUCGCUUUUUUCUUCUUCUUCUUUUAGAAACAGAAUCAAAUCCGUUUGCUUUCUUCUUCUUCUUUUGGGAUAUGACAGAGACUUUGCUCUGUUAUGUCUAAAAUCUUUGCUCUGUUUCACAUUUCUUAAAUCGUUUUAUAUAUAUAUCCAAGAAGAAAAAGUAGUUUAUCCUUAAAAUGACUUGUCUAAUCGUUAAACAGAUGUAUCCUGUAUGUAUAUAACUCCAGUCUUGGGCCAACUCAUCUUGAUCAUGUAACGUGUGAAUAAUAAUAUUUUAUUGGUAACAAGCCAACAAUACAAUAUUUAUCUAAUAAAC